AAGAAAAAACAACUGGUGGCAAUAAAAGUCCAGUUUUUUCUGUAUGUUGUGGUAAUGGGAAAGUAGUUCUACCUUCUAUGACACCACUCCCUGACCUCCUUAUGCAAUUACUGACAGGCUCAACACCAGAUUUUAAAAAUUUUUGUAAAAACAUACGAGCAUACAAUGCUGCAUUUGUAUUCACUUCAUUAGGAACUCAUAUCGAUGAAUCUAUUGUAGGUCUCUUACCAUCAACAUCAUCUACGUCUCCACAUUUCGCCCAAUUGUAUGUUUAUGAUACUGAACAUGAAAUCCAAAAUCGUUUAGAUGUCAUGCCAUGUCUAGAACCGACUAUUGUGAAGGAACUAACACAAAUGCUAAAUAAUGUUAAUCCAUAUGUGGCAGUUUUCC